UGUCUAAAUUUUAAUAAACUUUACAAAUGCACGGAACCGUAGAAUGGGAAGACUCUCACUUCAAAUUUAGCGUGACCGUAACUGACAACAUGUUCAUAUAUGAGUGAAUCCAGACUUGAAAUUGACAUACUAUGGGAACACAGAAAUGGGUCACCAUUGUAAAAAUCGACACAUUGGCCUCGAAAACCUGUUCCCCAAUCUUAUGCAACUUACCGCAACAAAGUUCUUCCCCUUGUAUCUGCGAUAAUUCUGAAACGACUUUUCCAAACGUGACACACUAUGUAUGGUUGAGUCAUAAAGUUCAUUGUUUCGUCACGAUCACCGGACAAUGGAGAUAAUCCUGACGCUUCCUUCAGCUUAGACAUACGAGAAGUUGAAGAAAAAAUGCGUCUGUAAUAUAACUAACUGUGCGGGGAUACAGUAGCCAGUUUGAACGAACUUGAUUCGAUUUGUAAUUUACAAAAUGUUUUUGAAAUUGAUUAUUUUUGUGAUCUUGUCGUUUUCCGAACCUUCAACUUCGUUCUUUUUCGGAAGACUUCGGAUUUGCAAUCACCAACUUUUGAACCGUGUUGAAAUCGUGAACAUUUCUCAUUCAUAUGAUUCUUAUGUCGUGAACAACUCCAUUAAACUCACGAUGAACGUAUCAUGGGAAGCCGUCGUUCCAGAAGGUUUGGAAUUGGACGGGUUUUUAGUUUCAGUGCAUAAGUUGGUUUAUUCAAACCUUUACUUCGAAGAUUCAGAUGUUUUGAAACCAAUCAACUACUGUUUGAAUAGAACCGAUCAAUUUUGGGUGAAACCUGCCGCUAACGAAAGCUGUCCAGAAGUGCCUACGUCAUGCAUGACGUCAUCAGGGAGCUACUGCCCUUGUACCAGCGGUUCAAGCUUGUUGUAUAACGGAGGCAACGCUACGUGUAGGGGUAUAUCGCAUAUACUGGAACGAGAUCCCGGAAAAUAUGUAUCAGUUACAGCGGAGACAAGAAGUUUACAAUACGAAGCAACAUUUCAUCAAAACUACGGCUUCACCAUCAUUCCAUAUUACAGACACUACGCAUCACGUGACCGCUCUGUUGACGUAUCACAUAUGCUCACUGCAGCAAACGACUGCAUCGGAACUCUUCGGAAUAGUUCGGAUUUCACCGAAUCCGAAGCUACACAAACGUGCUGUGAUAGCAACAUAGAAAACAUAUUACCACGCAAUUUAACCGUGAGAACUUUACUUCCGGACUUCUCACGUGACUAUGUGAACGUAACAGUCACGUGGUUACCCCCUGUCAGCCAAUCAGGACUCGUGGGUUUCCACGUGUUUGUGUUCGAACAAUGGUCGAGGUUAAACGUCAUAAAGAGAGCUUAUGCUACGCGAGCAAAACCAGUUCCGUUAGACGGCGCCACAGAGCUUGCGGCAUGUGACGUCACUACCACCGCAUACGAAACAACUUUGUAUAAUUUGGUUCCUGGGCAAUCUUACACGGUCAAAGUAAUUUCUAACUAUAGUGUGGAAGAAAAUGACAGAUAUGGCUGUUGGGGAUGGACGGGACCAUGCAGCAACGAACUUGUUUUUACUUUAUCUGAUGUCAACCCUUGUGACAACCAUUGGGACUUGUGUCAUCCAAAUGCCACUUGUCACGCCACGGAUCCAACAGGAGUUGUAACGUUAAAUGCAACUUGUUCAUGUAACAGUGGCUUCGAGGGUGAAGGGCGCAGCACUAAUGAUUCGAACGGUUGUUUAGAUAUCGAUCAUUGCAAAACUACGUCAUCGGAUAAAUGUGAAACACCGUCUCUUUGUGUUGAUGAACCAGCACCGUUAGUGGGCGUAAAGUGCUCUUGUCCACUGGGACACUUUGGAGACGGGUUAAAAGAUGGUUCAGGUUGUAUGAAUGCACAACAUUUAUCGUUAAAGAUUGCCCUGCCAUUAGCAGCCCUUGUGCUUAUACUGAUAAUAGUUAUGUUUGUCAUUACUAAGCGACGGAGUUUGUGCAAACGGGAGUCAAAGUUUUCGCAUUUAGAGUCUUCUCAAAACUCUAUUAAAAGCGAGACGCCGAGUGCAGAAGAAAAGAAAUAAAAAGUCGUUAGACGGCGCUAGAGAGACGUCGUUAAACCUUUGUAAAUGGCCAACGAAAGAUGAACGAAUGAAUUAAAACCGUGGCGAGACAAUUUCGUAAUAACACGUGUUUUGCUUCAUAUACCUCAUGUACGCUUACAAGUUGCUACAUAUGUAACUUUGGACCAUUGGUUUUAUCCCGAAGUUGGAAAAACCGUAUGCGACUGCAAUUACGUUUGGAAAACUCUCUUUGUUAUUUCAGUUUUAUUUAUUUUUCGUUGAGUUUUUUGCUUGUACUUUCUGUCUGCGUCGUUAUUUUAUCAAGUUUUAUCAUUCUUUAAUUGCAAUUUGUCAUAAUAUCGUUCGGUGCGAUAAAUUAUGUUUUGUAUUACAAUAAUUUCACUAUAA